AUGACCGCGGGACUGAGCGAUAACUGGGACGACGCGGAGGGGUACUACCGGGCGAGGAUGGGCGAGGUGUUGGACGGGCGGUACCAGGUGAUGGAGAGCCACGGGCGCGGGGUGUUCUCCACCGUGGUCAAGGCGAAGGACCUGGCGCAAAAGGCCGGCUACUCGGAGGUUGCGCUGAAGGUGAUCCGCGCCAACGAGACCAUGUACAAGGCGGCGCAGCUCGAGAUUACGGUGCUGAAGAAGCUGAUGGACGCGGACCCGGAGAACAAGAGGCACUGCGUCAGGUUCCUGCGAUCGUUCGAGUUCAGGGACCACGUGUUCAUGGUGUUCGAGUCCAUGCACAUGAACCUGAGGGAGGUUAUCAAGAAGUACGGCCGCGACGUCGGUCUGAACGUGCACGGCGUCCGGUCGUUUGCCACCCAGAUGCUCAUCGCGCUGCGUCACCUCAAGAACUGCGGCGUGGUCCACGCGGACAUCAAGCCGGACAAUAUUCUGGUCAACAAGUCCCACAACGUCAUCAAGAUAUGCGACUUUGGCAGCGCCAUGUUCGACGGGGAUAACGAGAUCACCCCUUACCUCCAGUCCAGGUUCUACAGGGCGCCCGAGGUGAUCCUGGGUCUGCCUUACUCUCAUCCCAUGGACCUGUGGAGCAUCGGGUGCUGCCUGUACGAGCUGUACAUGGGCAAGAUAGCGUUCCAGGGUCGGUCCAACAACGAGAUGAUGAAAAAGUUCAUCGAGGCAAAGGGACCGGUGCCGCGCAAGCUGCUGCGGAGGGCGGCGUUCAGGGACAACCACUACAACCAUGAGGGCGUUUUCAGCGUGGUGGAGGACGAUCCGGUGACGCGCCAGGCAAUCCGGCGGCUCAUUCGCGACGCUAAGCCGGUCAAGGAGCUCAGCGCGGUGCUCGCAGCGCACGAUAAGAACCUGGGCGAGGCUGAGCGACGCAAGGUGUCCCAGCUCGCGGACCUGCUGGAUAAGAUAUUCACCUUCGACCCGGAGAAGCGGAUCACGGUCACGCACGCGCUGACGCAUCCGUUCAUCAAGGAGGGCAUCGCCGCGCCCCUGCCGUGA